AUGGAUCCUACGAAGCCCUCAAGGGUGCUACUCCUCCCCAGGGAGUUGAUUACUAUGAUACUAGAGGGUUUGCAGCAUGACCGCCGUGCCCUACUUUCUAUUUCUCUGACCUGCCAAAGCAUUUAUGCCAUGGCACUUCCCCUCCUGAAUCGCAGAAUAGUGGUCCACAACCACAACAGAGAGUCCUACGAAGCCGCGGUGUGUCAACUUCCUCGAGUAGUACAGUAUGUCAGGGAGAUGACCAUCCACUUGCACAUUAAAGGGAAACCUUCGCUGUUUGGUCCUGCCGGAACCUUUGACGCAUACCGCCCAAUCGACAUACUCGCAGCCCAAGGCUACUACCCACUAUUUACAGACUUUGUUUCCGCAAUCGACACCAUGGAUCAGUUGCAGAAGCUCACGAUCAAGGGAUGCGGAUAUAUAGGUCCUUGUCGGGUCAGCCCUACUCCGGCCUCAUAUUUCCAGCAUCUGCAGCGCAACUUUCAGGCGUUCAACAAUCUCUUCCUGCGAGCAGUCCAAGGAGACGCUCUUCCCCGCCUGCGCACGUUGGAGCUUAAUCUCUCCAAUCAGGGAAGCUGGCACUGCGAAAUGGAAGGCUUCCUAUAUCAUCCACGGCUGAAGGAGUUGUCUAUCGUGGGCGCCAGCAUUCCCGCUUUCAAACCCAUGCAUCAGCGCUUGCGUAGUUUGCCCCUGGAAGAGUUGAGCUUUCUUUGCUGCGAUCUUAGCCCGGGCACACUGGAAAGCCUCCUCGCUGUCCCUAAAGCCCUUCGCCGCCUCAGGUUCAGGGGCUCGCCUCGGUCAGAAAUGCCAGAACAUCUAGAGGCUGACACCCAGCUUUAUGUCAACGCAAUAAAGCAGCAGGCAAAAUCGCUGGAAUAUCUCGAUAUAAGCCCGGCAUUCCCAGUCGAGACACGCGCGCCUAUAGACCUACGCUCGCUAACCGCACUGCGAGAUCUCCGAAUCCGACCUAGAACUCUUUACGGAGACGUCGAUAUGAGUCCAGGGAUCGGACUUCUAGGGCCUCCACUCCCAGGGACGGAACGUCCACGGCCUGCACUUCCAGCUAGCCUGUGGUGCCUCAGACUCUGGGGCUGGGACAUGCCCUAUGAAUUCACGGUGCAUAUAACGAUUCUAAACAACCUGGAGUGGUCGGCUAUGAGUGUGCCCCUGCCUAGCCUUCGCUACGUCGCAAUUGAGGAUGACAAGUUUGUUUUCGGCGGCCCGGCUGUGGAUUCGGAUAAUCCCAUUACAUUUAUAUGGGAUGAGCCGCAGCGCCAGUGGCGGUUUCCGGUCGAUUGCUGGUGCUGUGCUGACGGAUUAUAA